AUGGUUGACCGCAAGGCUGUGAUCAAGAACGCCGACAUGUCGGACGACAUGCAACAAGACGCCAUCGACUGCGCCACCCAGGCUCUCGAGAAGUGAGUUGUGAAGCGAUUUGCGAGUCGGGCAGGCAGUGAUCUCACAUUUUAAACGCUUGAAUAAUUCGAUUGCACACCAUGGGCACCACUUGGUCGCUUAGCAAAAGUGUAAAGAAAUGUCGCGUUGGAACGGCCCCCGGAUUUAAACUAAACCUGAGUGGACAGCAGCGGGUGUUUUGAGUCUGGCAAUAGCCGCCGUCGUCACUUGAUCGCGGGGAUCAUCGGGAAGAACAGAAACUAAAAAAGGUACAAUUUCCAGGUACAAUAUCGAGAAGGAUAUCGCCGCUUACAUCAAGAAGGAGUUCGACAAGAAGUACAACCCAACCUGGCACUGCAUCGUCGGAAGAAACUUCGGAAGCUACGUGACCCACGAGACGAAGCACUUCAUCUAUUUCUACCUCGGACAAGUCGCCAUCCUGCUCUUCAAAUCCGGAUAA